GUGCGAUCGUCGUGCUAGUCAGGCUUUGGAAAUUCAAGGCAAAAAAAAAGAGCGAAUUGUUAAUUCCAAAACGACUCAUAUUGAAUUUACUGGUGGUGUCCUAAAGAUUCCUGUAUCGGAAGACCUGUUAGGUCGUAUUUUAAAUGGAUCCGGGAAAGCUAUUGAUUUUUUACACAUUAAUGGUUAA